CAGCGAAAGCAUAACAACACCAAUAUUUUUCUUUGCUCGAAAACCGAGAAACGUGGGUUCUCGACAGAUUUUUUGAGCACAAUCUUAGAAUACAAUCUACGUUGGAAACCAAAGUACACCAUGGUAAAGGAUAUCCCCGAUCGGUUAGCAGCCGGGCCGAAGGAGGGAAUCGUUUAUCCACUUACCGUUGUAUGUUGUGGCAACUGUUCAAUGCCACUCGAGUACUGCGAAUACUAUCCGGACUACGAAAAGUGCAAGCAGUGGCUUGAAAAGAAUCUGCCGGCCGAGUUCGAGCAAUUGAAAGUUGACAUUACAGCAGCAGCCGGUACCAGCGAUGGAAGCAGCGGCGGUGUGGCAAAAUCCGGCACAUCCGGUGAACCUUCAGCCGGCGACAGCGAAGACAAGAAGAAAACGGGACAGAAACGUGGCGGCAAAGGUAUGAUGAAAACCAAAAAGACCAAGGCCGAAGGACCACGAACCAUUUUCCUGUCGCGAUCGGCUCGUGGCAAGAAAAAGUCGGUCACGGUGGUCGUCGGUUUGGCGUCUUUCGAUAUCGAUCUAAAGCUGGCGGCCAAAUUUUUUGGAACAAAGUUUGCCUGCGGAUCAUCGGUAACGGGUGACGAUGAGAUCGUCAUUCAAGGCGACGUGAAGGACGAGCUUUUCGAUAUCAUUCCGGAAAAGUGGCCCGAAAUCGACGAGGACUGCAUUGAUGAUCUUGGUGAUCAAAAGCGCUAGAAAAUCUUCUCGGUUUUAGAUCAGUUUCACUCAAUCGAACACCGGGCAUAAAUCUGGAAAUACAGCACUGUUCAAUCCUACAA